CUAAGAGCCACGCCCCCUCUUCUUCAUCGUUUCCAUUUCCAUAUAUUCCCCUCCUAAUCUCUUACAGUUCUUCAAUUCUCUGCUUUGAUUCUCUUCUUCCAUGGCGAUUUUUGCUACUAGGUCCAAGCGUGUCACGGAUCCUCUCGGCGAUAAGGUCAAGGCUCGCUUGAUUGGCACUGAUCACUUCCCGUUCAGUUACGUUAGCAGCGGUAGCGAGCACUCUGCUCACCACUCUGACUCGCCCUGUUUGUCUGAACUUGUUCACGGAUUUCUUCACGAUGAUGUUCAUGAAUCGUCUAUUACUGCUGCUGCUGCUACCACUCUGUCGCAUGCCUACGAUUCUGACUCUGAUUUUAUCGAAUCCGCGCCCGAUCGUGGAAGUUCGAUCGAUGAAAUCGUUAGGUCUUUGAAUUUGAACAAUGUCGAUUCCUACAGGAAAUUACUCGUGCAUCAUCUGUGUAUGGCUGUUGAGAACUUCUCGCUUCUUCGAUCCGAUAAAUCUGUUUUUCUUAGAAAUGUUAUGGCGUUUCUGCGUCAGUUAGGGCAUAAUGCUGCGAUUUGCAAAACGAAGUGGAGUUCCUCUGGUAGUUUAACUUCCGGUAACUACGAGUUCAUCGACGUCGUACGAUCGGCCGCUGGAAAGGCGCAGGUUAGGUAUUUUGUUGAACUGGACUUGAUUUCGGAGUUCGAGAUCGCGAGGCCGACGGUUCAAUACUCAAGAAUGCUGCAGUGUUUGCCGAGGAUCUUCGUUGGUACGACGGAUGAAUUGAUGAGAAUCGUGAAAGUUUUGUGCGACGGAGCGAGAAAAUCGCUUCGAAGCAGUGAUUUAUCGGUUUCUCCUUGGAGGAAGAACCGUUACGUUCAGAACAAAUGGUUCGGACCUUACCGUCGGACCGUGAAUCCGAUUCCUGAAAAGUCAUCGGCGACGGAGACCGCGGACGCGGCGUUUCGAUGCGUUGGAUUUAACGACGUCGUUUCGGACGUCAACAUCAAUCACCAGUUUUUUGUCCGGACGAGAUGAUAAGGAUCGAAAUGAUUACAAAUCAGAAUAAAGCAAACCAGAAAUCAAUAGCGUGAAUAGCAACUCUAUCUUUUUUUUU